UACAAUUUGUGGCUUGAAAUCCCAUCCCUUUGGUACGCAUUUUUUGUUUUGAUUUCACAAUUUGUUGGAUUUCCUCGAUUUAUUGGACAAAACUGCGACAAACACAAUGCCCAAGGAAAAAUCCAAGUCCCGACAUCGAAGUCGCAGUCGCGAAAGAAGAGAUCGGAGUCCGGACCACAAAAGCAGUCGGCAUAGAGAGCGGGAAACGGAUCGAGAUCGCAGGGAGAAAGACAAGGAACGUGAUCGCCGUAGGGAAAGGGACCGCAGCCGGGAGAAACGACGAGACCGAGACCGAGACCAUAAAAGUAGCAGCAGCCGAAAGCGGCGCUCCUCAUCGUCCUCGUCCUCAUCGUCAAAGUCCUCCCGCACCGGCGGCCCAAAGUCACCACUGGCCAAGAGUUCGAUGAAGUUGCUUCAAACAUUGGAGGCGCGUCGAAUGCGGGAGCAGGAGGACCGCCAGCGAAAGAAGGAGGAGCUAAAGGCCCAGGAGACGCCUGAGGAGAAGAGGUCGCGCCGCUUGCGCGAGAAGCAGGCCAAGGAGCAGCGGCGCCGCCAGCGAAUGGGCUGGGAUAAUGAGUACCAGACGUACUCCAACGAGGACAAUCCCUUUGGCGACUCCAAUCUCACCUCCACAUUCCACUGGGGCAAGAAACUGGAGGUGGAGGGCCUCUCAAACCUUUCCACCAAAACGGUGGAGGUCCUGUCGCUGCAGAAACAGCUGGAGAAUCGACGCGAGCUGGAGAAGGUGAAGAAACGACGGCAGGAGCGUGAACUGGAGCGGCAGGUGCGCGAAGAUGAUAUGAUGAUGCAGCAGCGGGCCAAGGAGGCGGUCCAGUUCCGUGAGUGGCAGCGCCAGGAGGAUCAGUUCCAUCUGGAGCAAGCCCGCCUGCGCAGUGAGAUUCGCAUCCGCGAUGGCAGGGCCAAGCCCAUCGAUCUGCUGGCCCAGUACGUGGCCGCCGGCAAUGCACCGCUUGAGGAGUCACUCGAAAUGCAGAUGCACGAACCCUACAUGCUGCUCAAUGGCCUGCCCAUGGAGGAGCUGGAGGAUCUGCUGGUGGACAUCAAGGUGUACGAGGAGCUGGAACAGGGUAAGCACAUUGAUUUCUGGAACGACAUGAUCACCAUUGUGCAGGACGAGCUGCAGAAGCAACAGAAACUGCUAGCCGAAGGCAGUGCACUAAAUCAACGGAGGGACGGCAUCCAUCAGAGCGUCGUCAAGGAUGUGGCCGAUAUAUUUAGGGGCAAGAACGCCCAUCAGCUGGAGGAGAUGCGUCAGCGCAUCGAGGCCAAGAUCAGCGGACGGGCGGAUGGUGUGGACAUCAGCUAUUGGGAGAGCCUGCUCUCACAACUCAAGGCGCACAUGGCACGGGCUCGGCUGCGUGAUCGUCAUCAGGCAUUGCUCCGCGAGAAACUGCUGCUGCUCAAGAAGGAGAAUGACGAUGAGACACAGGUGGGGCCGGAUGAACUGCCGCAAGUCAAAAAGGAGGAGGAGGAAGAAGAGAUGGAUACACAGGAAGCCGAGAAUCCAGAGGAAGGAGAUCCCGCCACUCCAGACGACGAGGAAGAUCCGCUCAAGGAGCUUCGCGAUGCAGCCCGCCUCUACCAGGUCGGCAACUAUAGCCCGCGCUAUAUACGCGAGGAGGACUUCACGGGCAGACGGCUGCAGAACGAAGACGACGACGAUGUUGAUGGCGAAGGUGCCCUGUACGAUGAGGAGGAUGACGAGCGGCGGAUACAGCGUCAACGCCUGCUAGUCAUUCAUCCAGAACGCGUCGACACAAACCAAUUGACGCCGCAAGAGCUACGGAUGCGCAACGAGGCCCGGCAAGGGAUGCAGGGCGACGAGGCCGAGUUUAGCGUGGAGACAACCUUGGACGCCGUGCCCCAGCUGGCCACGGAUAAGUACCGACCGCGCAAGCCCAGGUACUUCAAUCGCGUCCACACCGGCUUCGAGUGGAACAAGUACAAUCAGACGCACUACGACAUGGACAAUCCACCGCCAAAGAUCGUUCAGGGCUACAAGUUUAACAUAUUCUAUCCCGAUCUGAUGGACAAAUCGCAGACGCCACAAUAUUUCCUCACUCCCUGUGCGGACAAUGGUGACUUUGCCGUGCUCCGCUUCCACACGGGACCGCCGUACGAGGACAUUGCCUUCAAGAUCGUCAAUCGGGAAUGGGAGUUCAGCUACAAGAGGGGAUUCCGCUGUCAGUUCCACAACAACAUCUUCCAGCUGUGGUUUCACUUUAAGCGUUAUCGCUACCGUCGCUAGAGUCCUUCGAGAAGCUGGGCAAGUGGAGAAGAAAAGGAAGUACUGCAGUUUGA